GCCGCGGUGACUCCUGGGGGUUGUAGUUUUCCUGUCAAGGUGGCUUGCGGCUCUGGCGUCUCCCUUACCUCAUAGCCGGAGUCCGGCCAGGCGGGGGAGACUCCAUGGACAACCGGGAGGACCCCGGAGCCGCUGUCGAGGCUGACGCCGGGAAGGGCUCAGGGUCGUCGAGUCUCGAUUCUGACGACGAAGCCGGGGCAUCGGGCCAGUCUGAAAUGGAUUUCUUGCGGAACCUCUUCUCCCGAACGCUGGGCCUGGGUAGCGAGAAGCCCGAGAAGGUGCUGGAUGAGCUGUCGUUGGAGGCUGUGAGCAGGUUCAUGCUGAGUGAGAAAUGCAAGAAGGUGGUGUGCAUGGUGGGAGCAGGGAUCUCAACCGCUGCGGGGAUCCCAGAUUUCCGUUCUCCGGGCACGGGGCUCUACGCCAAUCUGCAGCAGUACAACCUGCCAUACCCUGAAGCCAUCUUUGAGAUCAGCUACUUCAAGAAACACCCAGAGCCGUUCUUUGCCUUGGCCCGGGAGCUGUAUCCAGGGCAGUUUAAGCCCACUGUCUGUCACUACUUCAUACGACUCCUGAAGGAGAAAGGGCUGCUGCUGCGUUGCUACACCCAGAACAUCGACACCUUGGAACGAGUAGCUGGUCUGGGCGAGGAAGACUUAGUAGAAGCUCACGGCACUUUCUUUACCUCUCAUUGUACCAGUAGCUUAUGCCGGAAGUCAUACAGCCUAGACUGGAUGAAAGACAAGAUCUUCUCGUCCCUCAUCCCCAAGUGUGAAAAAUGUCAGAGUGUAGUGAAGCCAGAUAUUGUCUUCUUUGGGGAGAACCUGCCUUCUCGUUUCUUCUCUCUGAUGCAAUCAGAUUUCCGCAAUGUGGAUUUGCUAAUUAUCUUGGGCACCUCCCUUCAGGUCCAGCCCUUUGCUUCCCUUGUUGGCAGGGUGCCCACAAACACUCCCCGGCUUUUGAUCAAUAAAGAGAAGACUGGAGAGAGUGACCCUCUCAUGUCCCUGAUGGGCUUUGGAUGCGGGAUGGACUUUGAUUCCGAGAAGGCAUACAGGGAUGUUGCCUGGCUCGGAGACUGUGACGAAGGCUGCCUGGCAUUGGCUGAGCUCCUAGGAUGGAAGAAAGAGCUAGAGAAACUGGUGAGGGAAGAGCACGCAGCCAUAGAUGCCAAAUCAGGCCAGGCCAUUGGAGAUGGGGCAAGCGCCUGCAGCGCUCCAGCAAAGGAAGCAAAGCAGCCACAGUCCCCGAAGAAGAAAUGUGAAAAGGAAUGAAGAGACCAAGUGAGACCGUUGAUCCAGAUGCAUUAAACAUUGAAGCCAACCGGCCACCAGCUGAAUGAACUUUUUGGCCUCCUCUCCUUUAGCUUCUUGUGGGAACUCAGCUUCCCGGGGGAUGCUACCAGAAGGGGGUUUCCUGGGCGGUGCCACAGUGCGAAAUGCAAGAGCGCAGGGGGUACCGGAAUGGGUUAGAAGUGAGAAUGGCACCAGUCUGGCUUUGCAGCUUUUGCUCUUUUUGCUGACUUUUGGUGUUUGCUCAAAGCCCCACAUUUCCAGAAUUCUGUGUGAGAAGUCAGAUUCUGCAAUUAGCAAGAUGAUCAUUUUCACCGUAAUCUGGUUUCUAUGAUUUAAUCCCCUCCCUGCUCCUUGUGGAGGAAUGAAACUUUAACAAAUUGGGUGAGGCAAACCGACCCAGUGUUACUCUUCACGUUACUUUCUCCUUAGUUAGGUUGUGGGAAACCCAGGUUUGAAUCCUCAUUUGUGCUAUGGAAGCUCACUGGGAUGAGCUUGGGCCAGUCACUCCCUCUCAUCCUAACCUACCUCACAGGCUUGUUGUGAGGAUAAAACGGAGGAGAGGAGAAGUUGCUCUGGGGCUCUGUUGAGAAAACCGGGAUAUAGAUAAAGCAAGUCCGACUUGCUUGUCCAAGGAAGGAAGCUGUGGAAAAGUGGCUGGAAGGGCAUUACUAACCAACCCUUUUGAUUUCUUGGAAUGUAGCAGAUCUUAGCAGUGUUCAAAAGCUUUCUCCUCUGUCACUCGCAUUAAGAUGUCGAUCGAUGGCAAUUAAAUUCAAGCACCUUGAUACUCAA